AUCAUCAUCAAGCAGCAGCAGCAGCAACAACAACAACAACAACAACAACAUCAUGAACAACAACAACAACAAUCAUCAGCAAAUACUACCGUACAGGAUUUGGCAAACAAUGAUGGUGCUGGUGAUGAAAAAACAAAACCACCAUAUUCAUAUGUUGCACUUAUAACGAUGGCCAUACAAAGUACACCAGAAAAACGUUUACCAUUAUCAAGUAUUUAUGAAUUCAUUUAUACAAAAUAUCCAUUCUAUAAAAAAGAAGAAAAAGGAUGGCAAAAUAGUAUUCGACAUAAUCUUAGCCUAAAUGAUUGUUUUAUUAAAAUUCCACGUGAAGAAACAAAUACAUCUGAACGGAAAGGUAAUAAUUGGGCAUUACAUCCAUUAUUUGAAAAUAUGUUCGAAGAAGGAAAUUAUAGAAGAAGAAAAAAGAUUAAAAAAAAUCGUCAUAAUCAUCCAUAUGAUACGAAAUUAUAUCCAUCAUUGACACAUCAUAAACAUCAAAAUCAUCAUACACAUUCGAAUCAAUCAACUGGAAUGAUUUCUCAUCAAUCAGCAUAUGCUGAUCGUCGUGUUCAUCAUAUUGGCCAUUCAAAUACAUCGGCAAUUACAUUGGCUGCAGCACAUGCACAUGGAAUGGUUACCACAAAUUUAGCACCAAUACCGGCAUCAACAUUUACAUUAUCAAAUGAUCGUACAAUGAUUGGUAAUGUAAAUGAUUCGACUGGAACAGUAGCAACAGGUAUGAAUACUGUUCGCCAUCAUUCACAUCUUCAUCAUCAUCAUCAUACUGGUUAUUUUAAUAAUCCAUAUCAUCAAACAUCUGGUACAUCAACAAAUUCAUCAUCGAUUAAUGAUGCUGCUACUUAUUGGUCAUUACCUAGCCUACAAUAUAGUACAAAUCCAUCAUCAGCUACUACAUAUGGAUCAACAAACAAUGCAUUCAAUUCUUGUCCAUCAACAAUCAAUUUAACGACAGCCACAACAGCAACAUCGACAAAUACAAAUAAUUCAACAACAUUGGUGACAUCAUUUGUUGAACAUCGUGCAGCAGCAGCUGCUGCUGCUGCUGCUGCGGCCGCUGCGGUUGCAAGAAAUGUAUCAUCCAACGAACUUUGUGGUACUGGUGGUGGUGGUGGUGGUGGUGGUGAUGUAACAAAUGAUGGUACAACAUCAUCCGGUUCUACAGUGGCUACAUCCACUGGAAUUUUACCACCAAUUCUAUUUGGCAAUGCUAAUGCUAUGAUACAUCCACAAUUUCGUUAUAAUCCAUAUUGAAAAUAUUGAAUUGGGAUCUUUUUUUUUACACGAAUUUUUUACCACAAUUUUUUUUGUUGUCAACAA